GUGUCGCCGCCCUGCAGGGCAUCCCCCGGACGCCAUGCUGGCAGCGGCCAGGAGGCUGCUGACGUGGCGGAGGGGAAGGGGUGGGGCAGGGCCGGGGGAGCUUCAGGUCUGGAUGUGGCGAGUGCUGCGGCGAGUGGAGGGGGAGGGUGGUGUGGUGCAGGUGGUAUCUGUGAGCUGGUGUGGGGCGUAUGUGGGGAGGCUGUGAGGCAUGCCAUGCGGAUGGCAGGGGGGAAGAGGGGUGAGGGGACGCAAGAAGACGGCAGAAGGAAAGGAGGGGGAGACAGAGUGCGGAGAGAAGAUGUGGCAGUGGUGGGGGGGCCGAGGGAGGAGCAGGAGUGGGCAGCAGAGUGGUGCACAACAGACCUGCUGCCGCUGCUGCGAGCACAGGUGGGCGUGGUGAUGGCAGGUGGGCAUCAGUCUAGAAAGGGUCAUCCAGCCUUAGGUGUCCACCGCCUGCCACUGGUGGCGCUGGCUCUGCUGCACAUGCAGCAAGGGGCGGCGGGAGAGGCGAAAGUGAAUGGGGAGGGGUGUGUGGAUGCCCGCCCUGUGAUGGAGGUGGCACCAUGGACGCUGCUUGAUGCGAGCUGCUGGGAGGAGCUUGAGGUGUUUCCUCUUUGGAUUCAUUUCACUGAAAUUGAUAGCGCUUUGCCGUUGCCUGCAGCAGUCCUUGCCCUUGUUGGCGCUGCUCUAGUCAGUUGCUGGUACAGCCUUGCAGCGGAUAACUUCUUCAAACUUCAAAAUUCACGUGACCAUCUGUUUCCGCGCUUGCAUUAUCCCCGCAAUUCACGCCGGCUGAGUCUCGUUAUCUGCGCAUGA